CUUCAAUUCACAUUGAUGACAUGGAGAAAAAAUAUUUUUGAUGAAUUUUUGUACAUUUUAGGGUUUUUCUAGUCAUACAGGUAGCUAUAUUGAUAUUUAGCUAGUGUAUAUAAACUACAUAGAUAACAUGGAUGAUACAGAGGAUGUUGCUUUGAACUUUGGUGAAGAAGAAGACCAAGAAAUUCAAAGAAGAAAAAAUAUAAAGCAUCCAAUAGCAGUGUUCUUCCAUCUUGUAUUCCGUGUGUGCUCCAUCUUGGCUUAUCUCUUCUGUGGCUGGUUCAGCAGUAGCUUCAUCCUCAACUUCAUCGUUAUUAUACUCCUCCUAUCUAUGGACUUCUGGACAGUGAAAAAUAUCACAGGUCGGCUUUUAGUAGGUCUAAGAUGGUGGAACCAUAUUGAUGAAGAUGGAAAAAGCCAGUGGAUAUAUGAAUCUCGUAAAGGAGCUGCCAAGAAUCUAGUGAGUACAGCAGAGUCUCAGAUAUUCUGGCUGUCCCUCAUUGUUAUUGAGAUCUUUUGGGUGGUCUUCUUCUUUGGAACUUUAUUUACAUUCAACUUUAAAUGGCUGAUGAUUGUCAUAGUAGGAAUCCUGCUGAAUGGUGCCAACAUAUAUGGAUACAUCCGCUGUAAAUUAGGAACAAGAAAAUCUAUCUCUAGUAUAGCGGGAAGCUUCCUUGGUGCUCAAGUAUUUAGAAAUAUGGUCAGUCAGCCUAGUCCAACUAAGGUCCCAACCCUGGAGUCUAUCCUCAACUGAUGCUUGCUAAGGCUGCUACAACUGCCAUGACUGCAAACACAGCAGAGACAACAACCAAGUAGAACAUGCCACACACCCUAAAACCAAUCACUAGUGAAUGUAUGGAACUGCAAGGGAUGAAUGAAACAAUAUUUAUGGGAAUGUUUUUGACUGAAAAUCUGGAUUAUAAUUUCCACUGAGAACAUUUUUAGUUAUGAGAUUAGGGACUGAUGACUAUCUUGGCUGUUCAAAUUUUCAUGGUGGUUAAUGGAAAUUGAUUUCAUGAAAUUUACUAGAUUUUCUUUCUGAGUGUUUAAAUCAGUUCACACUUGCCAAUUUCUAUUUUCUUUCACUUGCCUUAUUCAAAGAAGUCAUAAGUGUGAAAUUCAUGAUUUGAUGCUGAAAGUUUACAUUUGGUCAGUUCAUUUCUUUAUAAGCUCUCUGAUACGCAAAAUCAUGAACAUUCAUGACAUUUCUCAUCAUGUACUUGAGAAUCGUUAAUGGUUUAUUUGAGUAAAACAAACAUUUCAAGUUUUAGUUUCAAUACUAUAGUAUUUAAAGUGUUUCAGCUUUAGUAUUUUAAAAAGUUUAUUUCAAUUUAUUCAUUGGAUUAUUUUGGAAUUUCAAAAAUUGGUAGAUCUAGAACUAUUUCAUUAUGCAAUUUACUCUGCUGUUACAUUCCACCUUCAUCUUAUUGUAGCGUAAUUAAUGCUCUACUGUCUAAGUACAUGUACUAGUCUAGUAUUUUAUAUUCAAAAUCAAGGAAGAUUGGCUCCCAGAGUG